AUGGCCGCCCCACGGAGCCUCCGCAACCUCGUCCUCGCAGCGCGACCGGCGCCUAUGGGGACGGCGGCGACCGGUCCGACCCGCCGCCUCUUUUCCUCGACCCCUCGUCGCUUCGAUGACCAGUCCCGCGCAAAGGCCGCCGGUCUCAAGCAGACGAUGCAGCGGCCCGAGAUCACGCCCCUCUUCCUCUUUACGGGCGCCAUUGCCAGCCUGGCCCUCUUCUUUGGCUUCCGACACCUCUUCACCGACCCAGAGCUCAACCUCGACCACCACGCCCGCCAGCGCCUCUCGACAAAGGCCGAGAACCUCGACUUUGACGCAAUGGCCAAGGUCGCCGACGACCCGGACGGCAAGCUCACAAAGGAGGGCAUGGAAAUGGAGCGCGAGCGCUCACAGAGGAGGCAGGAUAUCAAGGAUGAAAAGGCCGAAAAGGAGGGACGCAAGAAGCCCGAGUGA